AUAUUGACGAUUGACCUCCGUUACUACUCAAGUUCCAAGUCCAAUUCAAAUGUGUAAUAGUAGGAAGUUCUUCAAUAUUUACGUUCAUCUAAUAUUGAUUAAUGGUUAUUUCUUAUUAACUAUGAUUCAUAUAAUAUUUUUUGUAUAUGAAUAUUAGUUAUCGAACGUCUCAUUGUAAGUUAUACUAAAUAAUAAUACUACACUUCUUUUUAUAUAUUCAAAAUACAAUAAUGGUUUUAACAGUUUCAUUAGUACACAUAUUCCAGCAACCAUUUCAAACAAUAAAGACAUUCUACAAUCAAAUCAGACAAAAAGACGAUGUUGUUAAAAUUUCAGAACUAAUUGAUGCACACAUCGAUGAACAUGGAUUUGAAUAUACUAAGCAUAGGCUGGUAUGUCAUAAUAUUAUUCCUCAAGUAUUAAGGCGUGAUCAAAUACUACAUAUUCCAGAAAUACUCAUUGAAGAGGAAUGUUGGUAUGAUGAAAAAGGUCAAAAAUUUUGGGCAAGAACGAGAAAUUUAAGUUGGUCAGAAAUUGCUACAUUAUCUAAUAUUAUAACAUUAUCGAUCACACCAAUUCCAACAUGGACUAAAUAUGAAAUUGAUGGCAUAACAGAUUUUUUUGGAAUACAACCUCACGAAGUUGGCUACGCAGUAGAAUAUUUUUUGAAAAAAUAUACAGAAAAAAAGUUGUUGGAACAUAUUAAAAUAAUUGACCAGGAAUGUUUAAAAAAUAAUGAUAUUUAAGUAAUAUUUUAUGUAUUUGAAUUUGUUUUAUUUAAACAAAAAAUAGUAUAGCGUAGAUAGUGUAGUAGAUCUGUGUUAAAUGCCUAUGAGAAUAACAUAAAAUAUAGGUACUUAUUAGGUUGUUUUUACUAUGAAUUAAAUAUUUCAUCAUUUUUAGUAUAAAUGAGUUACACUUAAUUACAUAUAAUUUAGUAUAUGCACAAACUUUUAACAAGAAGAACAAAAAAUCUGUUUUAUUUAUAUUUUUUAGUUUAU